UACCGGCGGGACCUUCGACUGCCUCUACGACCUUCUAUACACACUGUCAAGUAAGAAGGACCAUUCAAAGUCAAAUGGCUGCGUUCAACUUCUCCGUGGUAAAGUGGUAAAGGCACCAAUGCUCAGAAGUAUAUUUAGUACCUUGAUCCAUUUCCCGGGGUACAGUCUGUGCUUGGAGGGCAAAGAUCUUGUGCCAUUUAUUGACAGAAGAUGGAGAGGAAGGACUCAGCAGCGCCUGACGGCUCUUUAUCAGCUUGCUACAUUUCAACCUUCUCUUCUAAUCCCUAAAGUUGUGCAUGAAGAUCCUGGAAUUAGUGGAAGGAAUCGCUACAAAUAUUUUGCACGACCUCUCAUGACUUAUAGUAAGCUGCUUCCACUAUAUGGUGCUUACACAAUGGCAAAGACAGAGCCCUAUGUCCCUUCAGCUACAAGAGGCAGCAAGGUCUUUGGUCCCAAGUCACGAACUUUGGGCACACAAACAGAUUACAGGGAUGGUGAAGCUCAGACAGAUCCCUAUUCCCCUGAAUAUGUAACUCGUGGUAGCUCAGUCCCUGAGCUUCUGACACUUGCUACACUCACUUGGGGUCGGGGGCUGCCAGCAGGACUAGAUGAAGUGGAGAUGAUUGAACGUGCUCGGGAAAAACGUGCAUGGGAAGCAACUCUUCCACCCCUGGACAGUCCCUCUCAAAUUGCAAAGUGGAGGAAAAUGAUGGAAGAUAUGGAGAGGAAGGAGUGGGCCUUUAGAGAAAAGGAAAUAGAAAAGUUGCAGGAGCUUCGACUGGAAGUCUUUAAGAAGCUGCUGUGGAGGCAAGAGCAGAUUCAGAAUGAGCUGCGGUCCAAGCGCUUGGAUGAUCACUGGCAAAAUCAUCAGAAGGCUAAAGAAGAGAAAAUAAAAAAAAUUGAGCAUGACUGUGCACUGAUGCUCAGAAAACUGAUAGCUAAGAGGAAGAAUGUGAUGGGGAAGCUGGAGAGACGAGAUAUCAUUAGAGACUAUUCUGACUUUGCAUCACAAACAUAUGCUCCUUUGUCUAGAACUGGUUAUUUCCCAGACAAACAUUCUCAACGCUAUGUGGUAGAAAAUUUAUAUCUUAACACCUUUGCAGGACUGUGUGAACUGGAAGCAUGCCUUCCAGAUUCUGUCACCCAUGUCAAGAUUAAAGCUCCAAAGCCUAAGUGCAUGAUCACAGAGACUGGAUAUGUUAAAAGAUCAGCAAGGCUAGAGGUGGAGCUGGCGCAGGUGCACCAGGCACUACUGGAGAAGAAGAAUAAAAUCAAGGAGCCAAAGAAGCCCCUUCGUUAUCUUGAAAAAGUAGAAAAGCCUGUUCCCCGGCCACCCACUCCAUACCUAGAAAAAACAUUGAUUGGGGAAGAGGAAACAGAACUGGCAGUGAUCUUCCUGCAGAAGUUGCUCCGAGGCAGGGCAGUUCAGAACAUGAUGUUUGAAGGGAAGGAGAAGCGGCUGGAACUGAUCCAAGAACUGCGCACAACUCACGCACUCCACGAGGAUGGAUGGCAGCUUUUGAAGGCAGAGAAGGAAAUGAUACUGGCCUUACAGCAACAGCACGACUUGAAAAUGCACCAGCUGUCAUCAGUAGAAAAACACCUGGCCAGGGAAGAAGGAAGGGUACUGGCAAACAUGUUUGAUUUCCUAUCUAAAGAACUGGUGAGGCUGCAGGAAGAAAGGAAGAUCCAUGCUUUUGUCAUGCUGGCUGAGAGGCAGAGGCGGAUGCGGGAAGCGGAGGAGAGCGGACGGCGUCAGGUGGAAGAGAGGCAGCGUCAGGAAGAGGAUGAGAUUUUCAAACAGGUAGUGAAAAUGCAGCAGAGAACUAUUGACGCCUACUUGGAAGACAUUAUCCUGAGUACCAUGGAGAACACAGCUGAAGAACAAGCCAGAGAAGAGGUUCAGAGAAUGGCUGCAGAAAUCAAUGACAUUGCUUAUGAAAUGGAAAGUCGAAGAACUCGCCUACAGUCAGAAGAGAUUGUAGCAGAGCUGGUUUAUGAUUUCUUGAUUCCAGAAGCUGAGAAAACAUCAAUCAGAGAAAAAGUGAGGCGGGCCCAGAGAAAACACAUCUAUGCUGCUCAUCGGAUCAUCCACAGGGAUACAGAGAAGGUACUGGCUGAUCUGACACUACAUCAGGAGACACCUGUCAGCAAGAUAGAGGGAGAUGGAUCAGACAAGGAUCCCACAGCCUCCUAGAGACAGAAGAUGAGCCACGACACCCAGAAUGGAACAUCCUCUCUCUCCUUUGUCUGUCCCUCCUCCUGCCUACCAGAGAUGUUUUCUUGGAACCACACUGUAUACAUUUUGUUAUGGGAGCCCUAGUCCAGCCCCUCCCCAGCUAGUUUUGAACCUCAUUAGCUAAUUUUCCUCAUCUAAUCAUUGAGAGAAGCUUGAAUGAGGAAGCAGUGUUAGCAUUCCCUGUUUGUUUUCCCAGCACAGACCAAUAAAGAUGUGCACCUGGGCUUUCCAUGGUAUUUCCUUGUACCUAUAACAUUAAACGAAAAAAUAUUUGUGGUAAACUUGGAGCUGACACCAUGGAUAGUGUCGUUCCUAAAGCAUGUCCCACUGGUUU